AUGUCUGCCGCAAAGCAAAAGGCGCAGCAGAUCAUCGAAGACAAUUCCGUCGUGGUCUUUAGCAAGAGCUAUUGCCCGUAUUGCAGAGCCACCAAGUCUUUGUUGAACGACAAACAUGCAAAGUAUUUCUUGAUGGAAUUGGAUCAAGUUGACGACGGUGCAGCGCUUCAAGACGCCCUCGAAGAAAUCACUGGCCAGCGCAGCGUUCCCAACAUCUUCAUCGCCCAGAAGCAUAUCGGUGGAAACUCAGACAUUCAGGCAAAGAAGGCACAGCUUGACGAUAUGCUGAGGAGCGCGGGUGCCAUUUGA